AUAGUGCACCGCCCUCCUUAAGCCAAACGAAAAAAAAAAAAAAAAAAAGAGAGAAAAGAGUUUAUUUUGCCGGUCUAAGUCUUAAUAGUAUAGUCCAAACAGCAGCCUGAAUAUCGCUGCGACAAUCAGCAGCCUGGAUGUCACUGUCCAACCAGUAGCCCCGCCCCCUUGGGGCGAUAUCAGUCAGAUUGAAAAUCGCCCCAGGCGCUCUCAUAGACUUACAUGUUGAGACUCGUUUUUUCAAAAAUCGAACGAUACAAUGCAUUUCUAUGGGCUCCGGGGGGGCUUGCCCUAACGUGAUUUCGUCAUACGCAGUUACGCACUGAUGCGUGCUCGGACGUACAGCGCGCGCGUCUGGCGGAGACCGCCGAUUCGGCGGUCUCCAUGAUGAUUCGGCGGCGCCGAAUCAUCAUGGCUGGCAACUGCAAUUCCAUCGUUUCCCUGAGGGAAUUACCGUUCAGUCGUCGAAGCAAUGCGGAUAAAUUGGCUGUUAAAGAAUUGGGACCACCCAGACCAAAUUUAAACAUCAAGCAGGUGUCAACAAAAGCGGGGAAAACAUACAGCCGCGGAUUUUCCCGGAGCUGGUACGAGCGGAAAACAUGGCUAGCAGGUUGUGAAGUGGCUAACGCUCUGUUUUGCUACCCCUGUGUGCUAAUCCACCCGGAUGCCAACACUGACACCGCCUGGACAAAGACGGGUGUCACUGAUAUGCACCACCUCUCAGAAAAGGUGAAGAAACACGAAGCAUCGAAGAUGCAUAUGGACAGCUGCCUAAAACUGUCGGCAUUUGGGAGAGUGAACAUUGCCACACAGCUGGAUGAGAGCUACAGGAUAGCCGUGCGCCGUCACAACGAUGAGGUGAGCAAGAACCGGCACAUCCUAGGCCGCCUUAUCGACUGUGUGAAAUUCUGUGGCGUGUUUGAGUUAGCUCUGAGAGGCAAGGAUGAGAGUGAGGGGUCCAGCAACGCGGGGAUUUUUCGUGGACUGGUUGAUUUAGUGGCGUCGCUGGACGAGGUGUUUGAGGAGCACUUAAGAACGGCCACAGUCUUUAAGGGCACAUCAAAGACGGUGCAGAAUGAGCUGCUGGAUUGCAUGGCAUCUGUCAUCAGAGAGCGUAUCGUGGAGGAGGUGAGAGCAGCAAGAUUCGUGGCAAUCCAAGCAGAUGAGACCACAGACGUCUCUACACAGACUCAGUUGGUGCUGGUGCUGAGAUAUGUAGAUGGAAAACACGCUGUGCAAGAACGGUUCUUUGAAUUUGUCCCCAUCUUGUCAGCAACGGCCAGCUCCAUUGCCGAUGCAAUUUUGGAGAGACUGAAUAGCGUUUUCACUGAUGAUGAUAAGUGUAAACUCAUUGCGCAAGCCUACGACGGUGCCAGUGUGAUGAGAGGAGAGAGAGCUGGUGUGCAGCAAAAGGUACGAGAAGAGUACAAAAAUGCCCAUUAUUUGCAUUGCUACGCACACCAGCUGAAUUUAAUCAUGCAGCAGGCCACUUCACACAUCUCAGCAGUGAGAGUUUUUUUCUCUGACCUUGGUGGGAUUUCCAGUUUUUUUACCCGGUCACCCAAACGCACAGCCCUUCUCGACCAGAUUGUUGCACGAAGGCUGCCUAGAGCAUCAUCCACAAGAUGGAACUUCAACAGCAGGAUCGUGAGCACUGUCUAUGAGAACCUGGGCGACCUCAUAGAGUGUUUUGAGACCAUCAGGUCAGACAGCACCUUUGACAGCACCACCGUGAGGGAGGCGUCUGGCUUCCUGAGGAUGCUGCAGGAUGAAGAUUUUGUUUUUUUCCUGCAGCAGUUUCAUCAAAUCAUGCCUCAUGUUGACAUGAUGUACCAACAGCUGCAGAAGAGGGACAUUGACAUGGUGUUCAUCAAACGUGCCCUGCAGAACUUCACCAGCAGUAUUCAGGCCAUCAGGGACCAAAGCUCCUCUCAACAGCAGCAGCAAGAAGCCCCAGGUACCACAAGAUCAAGGAGAGCCUUGGGAGAACAAGAGAAGCAGAGGCUGUCAAAAGAGAUCUGUGACACAAUCCUUGGCCAUGCCAAAGCCAGGUUCUCCUUCACCAGCCACCUUGUGAGUGCCGUGCUGCUAGAGGCAGAGCUGUUUGACCGGCAUCGGACAACAUUCCCUGAAGAGGCUCUGAAUACCACCGUGAGGGCAUACCCCAUGCUACACAAGGAGAGGCUCAGGACUGAGCUUUCUCUCAUCUACGAAAGUCCAGACUUCAGGGGCUGCUGCGGUGCACUGGCUCUGUACCAGGUUCUACAGAGCUACAACCUCCAGGAAACCUUCUCUGAGACUGUGGCGCUGUUGAACAUCCUCAUAACCACUCCGAUGACAACAGCUGAAGCUGAGAGGUGUUUCUCCACCUUAAAGAGGAUCAAGACAUUCCUGAGAAAUACAAUGGGACAGGAACGUCUGAAUGCAUUGGGCAUGCUUUCCAUGGAAAGAGAGCUGGUCAGGAACAUGCCUGAUUUCAACGAGAGGGUGAUUGAUCGCUUUGCUUGCUUGAAAGAGAGGCGAGCUAAAUUUCAAUACAAGUGAUGAGUGAGUGUGUUCUUAAAUGGUGAGUUGUGUUAUGUUGUACUCUCCAAAUGUUGAAUUGUAAAUAGUUGUAUUGAUUGCAUAUUGCCAGCCAAAUACAGUUAUGUUCAUAAUAAUAGCAGUGUGUUUAAAAAGGUGACCGCUUCAUUACAUGUAUUUUUUUUAACAAUGGGACUUUGCGGGGGCUUCUUGGUGGUAGCUUGGCUUCACAUAGACGUUGUCUGAUUGUUACAGUACUCACAGGCAAUCUUAGAUCUUCUCUGAUCCUCCUGGAGCUGAUCAUUGGCUGAUCCUUUGCCAUUUUGGUUAUUCUCCGAUCCCUUCGAAUAGUUGUUUUUCUUUUUCUUCCUCACCUGGUGGUGAUGGUUUUGGCUGCCAUUUUAAAGCGUUUGAUAUCAUUUUAGCUGAACAGCCUAUCAUUUUCUGCACUUCUUUAUAGGUUUUCCCCUCUUUUAUUAAUUUCUUAAUCAAAGAAUGCUCUUCUUCUUAACAGUGUCUUAAACAACCCGUUUUACUCUGUUUUUCAAGGACAAAUGCACAGCCAGCAUAUGCAGCAUCAGUUGCCUUGAUCCUUGAAUAGGGGCCAUCUGUUUAACACCUAUUUUUUUUCACAUAAUCAAUGACCUCAAUAGUUGAACCUGGCACUGCUAUUUUUUUGAACACGCCCCUUUCAGUAAAUGAUUCAGUUUCACAGAAUCAGCAGCAUGCACGUCAUGCCUGUUGGGUCUGUUGGUUUUCUAUACCUUUACUAAACCUGUAAACUGUAUAGUGGUAAAUGGAAUAUGUUCUGGAAAAUUUUGAUUAAUAGUUUUGAUUAUAGUAUAAUUUGAUUUGAUUAUUGCUAUGGCAUCCAUGAUGGCUAUAAAUUGUAGACUGUGCUAAAAGUGAUUUCAAGGGCAAACUAUUAGAUGACAAACUAUCUGUUAAUGUGUGUUUUAUUGUGGAACCAAAUGUAUUGUAUAUUUUAUG